AUGGGAAACAAAGUAUAUAUCAUAAAAUCAGCUGACAAUUCAAUUUUCAAUUAGAAUCAAUCUUUAGAAGAUUAAUUUGAAAGUGUUGGAGGAUAAUCUUUCCAACACAUUGAUCGCGUUGAACUUUAUAGAUUAAAGAGAGAGAAUACUAAAUAUGCAACUAUCUUUGAAAAAAGACAUUCUAAUACAGCAACUGAUGAUGAAGGUCCAUUGUUAGAACUUCAUGAAUAACUUAUGCUACUUAAACAUAAUCAUUUGGUUAAAUAUUAUGGUUUAUGCAUUGACCCUAAUCUCACUUCAAAUUUACAAAUAAGUAGAUGGUUUUAUGAAGCAGUGUAUAAAACCUUGAAAUAGGUUUGUGGACAUCAUUUUUCAAAUAAGAGUUAUAUUCCAGAGAGAUAAUUAUGGAAGAGUCUUCAUGAAAUAUUAUUAGCCUUACAUUUUCUUGAUGCUAGAUAGAAAUGGCAUACUCAUAUUCAACCUGAUUCUAUUUAUUUAGAUAAAAAUGAUUCCAUUAAACUAAUUCCGAAAGGUGUUUUAAGACUAUUGAGUGGAUAUCAAGUAGUACUUACAGGAAAAGGAUAAGCAUUGUUAUCUCCUUAAUAAAUGGAAGGUUUGAGAUAAAAGUUAGAAAUUCCAAUACAUGACAUACAAAAGUCUGAUGUUUUUUCAUUAGGAAUGACAUUUUUAGAGUUAAUGACACUCAAGGAUAGUUUUGAGUGUUAUAAUUAUGAUCUACAUAAUCCAUAUAUUAAAGAUUAAAUAUUAUAGGAGAGAUAAUUAGAUAUUCAAAAUAUUGGAUAUUCAACUGAUCUAGUCAGAAUUGUCUUGACAAUGUUAUAAUAUGAAGAAAUGGAUAGACCCACUUUUCUUGAAUUAUUAGUAUUAUGUUUACUAAUAUAUAGAAUUCCCAUGAAGUUAUUUAGAAUCUUGAAAACUCAAGAAAUAAUCCAUUACAACCAACUACUCAUACUCCUAAACAAGAACUAAAGAUUUUUUAAAAUCGAUUUUCAUCAGAUUCUUCUAGUUUGCAAAUAGUGUAACCAAGUAUCCCUAUAACAAAUAAUCAAUAAUAAAUACAAUCAUCUCCAAUUAGAAUAUAAUCAUAAGUGGCUCCUCCACAGUAUUUGCCUAUCCAUAAUCCUAAGUAACAAGAAGUGGAUCACUAAAGACAAGAGUAGAUUUUAAGAGAGUAAUAAAUACAAUAGCAUUUACAAUUAUAAUUAAGAUAAUAAUAAUAACUAUUACAAUAAUAAUAAUAAUAACAACAAUAAUAAUCACUAUUAAUUGAAUAAUAAUCAUAAUAAAUACUUCUUUAUUAACAAUAAUUAUAAAAGUUAAAGAACUUAGCACCUUAACCAAAAAUUAAGGAAUAGUAAUAACCAAAACUAUAGGAUUACAUGAUACAUCCAUUACCUAUUCCACCUAUUGUUUUAGAUCCAAAUGCACGAAAUUCAACUGUUGAUGAAUUCUAGGAAAGCCAAGAACUAAAUAAUAGAAUCAAUUCAGCUUUAGCUUUAUCAAGAUAAGCUAUUAACAAAUAUAAAUGA